CUUCAUCCCCAAGUUGCAAAAGCACUUUCUCCCACAGGCUGUGCUGUGGUCUGGCUUACUGCUGGGGGACCUUGGGUGCCAUGGGAGAGGUCAGCUCUAUGAAAAGCUAUCAAAGCGUUUCCAGAGAGCUUCCCAGACAUCUGCACAGAAUUACACCGCAGACAAUAAAACCCAGGGCAUAAUGGAGAAGAGCCAAUGGGACCUAAAAAAGAUUAGGUUUCAACAGAAGAGGAUGACCAGACUGGAUGACUUUGUACAGACAUACAAGGUCAUGCAUAGUGCACUACUCAGAGAUUACCAAGACUCUCAGAAAAUAAAGAGCAAGACUCAUAGGGUAGAUGUGGAACGGUGGAAACAGAAGAAGCAGAGAAGGAGAGGUGUAUAUGUUUCACCUAUCUCCAAGCCCUUCCAUUUCCAAAAAAAAGAUAUGAAGCAGUCAACCAUUCCUGAUGUGCAUGAACAGCAACCCUCCCCUCAACACGUGCCUUCACAGUUUGAUAAAGAAGGACCUGGCUUUGCAACAAUGCCCAGUGACCAGAAGAAACUUCCAAUUGAUCAAGAAGAGAAGCUUACAUCACUGUGGAAACGGAAGAACACAGAAGUGGUGGUCGCUGUGCUCCCCAGCCAUAUAAGGGGGAACAACCUGGUGAUCCACCACACUGACCUACGAACACUGAGACCUCACCAGUGGCUGACAGGCGAGGUUAUUGAGGGCAUCUUACACCUCUCUGCUCACCAGUACAAAACUGGAGACUCCAUAUACAUUCUUAACCAUUACACAGCAGGUGUGAUACUCUUUGGAAAAAGAGAUCAGCUCAGACGACAUGCCAUGCCAAAGACAAAAUUUGAUGAUUAUCAAGCUAUACUCUCCUUUGUCAACACUGAGGGAGUCCAUUGGAAGUUGCUGUACAUACUGCCAGCCACAAGCUCAGUCUUUCUGGUGGACCCAGCAGCUAAUUCAAAAGAACAGCAACAGUCUGAAGAAGCUGCUAAAAGAGUGCAGGACUUCUUCAAGAUGAGAACAGUUUGCUAUGGCAAGGAGAACUGGGGGACUAUCAAGUGGAAAGGCACAACCAUGCAGCAUCCAGUUCAAUGUGACAGUAGCAGUUGUGGAGUCAUUGUCACCAUGAUGGCAAAGGCAGUGAUGGAGGCCUUUCCUGCUUUGCCUGUACUGUCUUUUGGGACAUCCAGGAAAGAGAUGGCUUGUGAGAGGAGAAAGUUGGCUUUGUCUAUACUUAAUGGUUCAGUGUUUGAUAUGGAGAAUAAUUGCGCAAUGUGCGCUGUCUCAAAGCCCCCAGGAAAAGGACCUCCCACCACUGAUUGGAUACAGUGUGAUACCUGUGAACGGUGGUAUCAUGAACAGUGCCUUGGGAUGGACGAAAAGCAACUCCUAAAGGCCAGGGCAAGUGACUGGAGCUGCUCGGUCUGCAUUUAGUGUAGAGCUCUGGCCACUGCAUUCAUGGGCGCUCAGUGAACAGUCAUGCAGAUCCCAACAUGGAGCAAAUAAAAAAUUUGGAGAGACAGACCCUUUAGUACCGGCUACAGGCUAAUUUGUGGGUUACAUUAAUCUUCUUGUUUACAGAAAUCCAACAAAGCUCAGAUUAAGUUAUAUUUUGAAAUUUGUUAAGUGUUUGUGUGUGUUUUUAUUGUAUUAAAGGAAUUCCAGUAAUUGAAGCAUGCAGUUAGUUCAUCAAUGAUAGGUACUUUGACAGCUGAUUACUCUGAAAGUACACAGUAGAAGACCUUCAUAUGACUUGUGGUGGUAGUAAACUAAGUACUGUAUCUGAAAAUAUCAAAAUCAUUGACUACUUAUGGACAGAAGAUGUUUAAUCUUUCCUCAAAGUUGGACAGAAAUACAUCAAUUCGAACAAUGAUGGGUACUUUGACAGCUGAUUACUCUGAAAGUACACAGUAGAAGACCUUCAUAUGACUUGUGGUGGUAGUAAACUAAGUACUGUAUCUGAAAAUAUCAAAAUCAUUGACUACUUAUGGACAGAAGAUGUUUAAUCUUUCCUCAAAGUUGGACAGAAAUACAUCAAUUCGAACAAUGAUGGGUACUUUGACAGCAGCUCCGUGUGUACCGUAAAUGUUAGUUGUAAUGCGCAUUCGAGAUACAGGGGCGGCUGAUUUGACCAAGCACUAGCAAACAGCGGCUGGCUUGACC